AUGGCAACGGGGAAGCGAGGUUCAGGGGAUCCGAAGCCUGCUGCAGCAGCAGGAGGAGCAGCAGGAACAGCAGGAAGUGGAGCGUCAGGUCGCGCUGCAGCUGGAUCAACGACAGGGGGGGCCAAGGGCGGAGGAGGCGGCGGUGGUGGCGGUGGUGGGUUUGUGCAGGGAGGGCUGGACGCGAUUAUCAAUUCCAUCUCUCUUCUCGGUGACACCCUUGGCUCCGCCCUCGAUCCUCUUGCCUCUCCUCCCCCUCAAGCUCCCGGCCAUGCGUCCUCUGGCCCAGCUGCCACGUCAGCUGCCACGUCAACCGCUACAUUAGCCGCCGCGUUAGGUGUUGAGCUGGCAGCGGAAGAUGAUCUGCUAGUGCGGUUGCCUAAGGGGAGGGAGAUACUGGGUGGGAGAGAGGAGGUGGUGACGCGGGCGAGUGAGGCGGCAGUGCGUGUACCCAAGGAGACCCAGCUCGUGGCGUCCAGGAAUGUGGCGACAGCCAUGGCCAUGCGCGCCAAGCAGCUGCAGGCGGACCUCAAGGCAGCCCGGAGAGACGCCAUGGACGCUCGAGAGCGGUGCAGAGCGGUGGAGGAGGAGAAUGAGCGGCUCAGGGCGGCGCUGGCUGCUGCAGAGGCGGCGAAGGCGGGAGGGAAGGGGGAUGGGGUGGGAGAGCGUGAGGUGGAGGGUGGGUUGGAGGGGGAGGGGGGCGUGGACACACAUCACCAUCACCAUCACUCCGAAUUGGAAGAUAUGUUACACGAGCAGCUGGGAGUGCUGCUGCAGGAGAAGGCAGAGCUGGUGGCGGGGAAGGCAGCAGUUGAGCGGGAGAACGAGAUGCUGCACCACCUGCUGCUCUACUACGAACACCUCUACCUGCACCGUGCUGCCGGCACACCAGGGAAGCAGCAAGUGUUAUCACCCGAUGGGGGCCAUGUGCUGCCUGAGGGGGGAGAGCAUGUGGUGCUGGCAGGGGGUCAGCAUGUGAUGUCGGCAGAGGAGCAUGCGGCGCUGAUGCAUGAGCACAUGCACUUGCACGGGGGGGAUCUUAGGAAUCAGCAGCCUGGGACUGAGGAGGCCGAGAGUGGAACUACUGACAUCCCACCAGAGGGCUGUGCUGGAGAAGGGGAGAACCAGGAGGGGCAAGAGAGGGCUGAGGAGCACACAGGGCCGCCUUUGUUGUCACAGGAGGUGGCAGGGGAGGGCCGGUUGGAUGAAGCAAAGAGAGGCAGUGUGGUGGGGGACGGGGCAGGGGCAGGUGGGCAAGGUGAGGCGGGUGGGGGAACUGAGGUGAGCGGUGGGGGGAACGGGGAGGAGGGGCAGGAGAAGGCUGAGGAGCACACAGGGCCAACUUCGUUGCAGCCGGAGGUGGCAGGGGAAGGCCUGUUGGAUGAAGGCAGUGUGGUGGGUGAAGGGGCAGAGGCGGGUGGGGGAACUGAGGUGGGCGGUGGGGAGAGGCGGGAGGAGGGGCAUGAUGACCUGCCUUCAUUGCAGCAGCAGGUGGCAGUAGCAGCCUCGUUGGACGAAACAAGGGAAGGCAGGGAGGCAUGUGGAGGGGCGGAGGCGGGUGGGGAUGGAAUGGUGGAUGGGAGCAGUGAUGGGGUGAGGGUGAAUGGUGCAGUGUCAGGUGUUGAGGAAGAGCAGAAAGGUGGAGCAGGGACCGUGUGUGCAGGGAGUGGUGUUGAUGACUGUGCGGGGUCCAAGGUCUAUGCAGGCAGCUGA